AUGGAUUUCACCAAAACCCAUGCUGUUCUCCUAAUUGUAACAGUCUCUUUGCUAUUUGCACCCACCAGUUACGCUGCUCGCACCACCGAAGCACGUAUUUGGAACAUGUGCAAACCAACAACAAACCCAGUAGUAUGUUACAAAACAAUAUUACCCGAAGCAACUAAAACUCAAAAAUUCAACAUGUACAAAGCUCUUGAGGUUGAGAUCCAAGCAGCACAAACACAAGUCAUUCAAACCGCCACUAACAUUGCAACUUUAAUCUUUCAAUCCAGUAACAACAAAGACGUUUCCGAUGCACUCAAUACUUGUAAGGAUCAAUUUAGCAACAUUGUCGAUGCCAUAACCGAAUCGGUUGAUUUGGUAUCCAAACGCAAUGUUGGGGAAGCAAGGUUCAAAUUUAGCGCGGUUAUUUCUUACUAUUCCGCUUGUAAAGAUGCUUUUACCGAAAGUAACAUUACUUUUCCUAUUGCCGCCGAUGCUCAAGCAGUUUAUGAUCUUGGUGGAAAUUGUUUGGAUUUAAUGAAAGCCAUUGAAGAUAAAGAGAGAGCCCGUAGAACAUAA